AUGAUGGAGAUAACGAAGAGGGCUAUGUGCCUUGACAUUUGCAAAUGCCUUGACGGUCCAAACGUUGUCGAUAUUUGUGAGGCAGUGCCCACUGCAAAGUGUAUUCUCAAAUCCAAAACUAUCAGAGAUGUUCUGUACAAAUACGUGAGUAAAAUGCAGUGGGUGAAUGCAACCGUCUACCGAUGGCUCUACACUGCACUUUCGAUGCCAGAGGAAGAGAUGGAGUCGGAGGAGAAGAUUGAGUUGCAGUCGACUCAGCUUUAUAAGGCCAUUCGGUACUACCAAGAGGAUUGUCGGUCGCGUUCUUAUUGCAAGAAUGCCGUUUGGCCUGGUGGAGACAAAAUCUUUCACUUUUUGGUGAUAGAAAGCCAACUGAAGGACCUAGAUAUCCGCACAUAUUUCCUAAACACUAUUGUUGCUUGGGGACUGGUGCAUGGAAAACACCCUAAAAAAACAACGUCAAAAUAUGGCAAUUUUCCGCAAAUAGUAAAACGCGUAUCAAAUUUUGACAUUCACUUUGAUGUUAGUACUUUACAAAACGAAGUUUCCCAAUACAGAGCGUCCCUUGACAUUUCUUCCAUCCGCCAAUUCGAUGCUGUGGUUUACGCUAUCAACUCUACGCAACAAUGCCAAAAUUGUCAAAGUCUACCAGACGAAUUGCGGACCCUCAUGGCAAACAUAAGUAGUAUCGCUUCCAAAAAAUCGUUUCACUAUCCACUGCUGCUGAUUCUGGACUUUGAUGCUCCCCAGAAAGGCCAAUCGACAUUUAACUACGGCCGUUCUAACAUCCUCGUGAGCAAUCUACUUCAGCUCAACGAAGCGGCAUUUAAAUGCAGCAGUCAGGAUUCAGUAAGCGUAGAACAAUACAAGUGGUGGAGAGUGUGGCACCUCACUCUACGCAACAAAUACUACCGAAAUAUGUAUGAAGCUUUUCAAUGGGUUGCUCUUCAAGUGACCGCCAUCAAUAAUGAAAAGAUAGACCAGAACUGA